AUGUCAACAGAAACCGAGACUGAAACGUCGACCCCAAACACUAUUAUUAAUAUAGACGAACUUCAGAACUACGGUAUAAAUGCGUCUGAUUUGCAAAAGUUGAGAAGUUCUGGUAUCUUCAGUGUAAAUACAGUGCUAUCAACAACCAGACGAAACCUCCUCAAGAUCAAAGGCCUCAGCGAAGUUAAAGUUGAAAAGGUGAAAGAAGCAGCAGGGAAAAUCAUACAGGUUGGUUUCAUACCCGCGACCAUUCAGGCAGACAUCAGAAAACGCGUGUUUGCGAUAUCCACAGGUUCCAAGCAGCUUGACAGCAUUCUCGGUGGAGGAAUCAUGACUAUGAGCAUUACUGAAGUUUUUGGAGAGUUUCGCUGUGGUAAGACUCAAAUGUCUCAUACCUUAUGUGUAACCGCGCAACUCCCCCGUGAAUUAGGUGGUGGUGAGGGCAAAGUAGCAUACGUUGACACCGAGGGUACGUUUCGCCCAGAGAGAAUCAAGCAAAUAGCCAGUAGGUAUGAUUUGGAUCCUGAUGCAUGUUUAGAAAAUGUUUCCUACGCAAGAGCUCUCAAUAGUGAACAUCAAAUGGAACUCACUGAACAGCUCGGACAAGAAUUGUCCUCCGGCGAGUACCGAUUGAUAAUUGUCGACUCUAUAAUGGCUAAUUUUAGAGUUGACUAUUGCGGUAGGGGGGAACUCAAUGAACGUCAACAGAAAUUGAACCAACAUUUAUCACGCCUCAAUAAAAUUGCCGAGGAAUACAACAUAGCAGUCUUUAUGACCAAUCAGGUACAGUCUGAUCCUGGUGCAUCUGCACUGUUCGCUAGCGCGGAUGGAAGAAAACCUGUUGGAGGUCAUGUGUUAGCACACGCGAGUGCAACUCGAAUACUUUUGAGGAAAGGAAGAGGCGAUGAAAGGGUCGCGAAGUUACAAGAUAGUCCCGAUAUGCCAGAGAAAGAAUGCGUUUACUUGAUCGGCGAAAAAGGUAUCACUGAUGCUGACGAUUGA